AUGAUUCAUAGGCUACAACGCUAGCUAGGGAGUGCAUUGAUUUUCGCGAGCUAGCUAGCAUAGCCUCAGUUUCUUUAGCAAUCAUGUCAAGCAGUUUAGCUAGCUGUAACACUGAAUGCAUGCAUAUUUUAGCAAAGCCAGUCCAGGUUGCAUAACAUUCUGCAACUCUGUUUACAACAUCCUCAGUUUUUCUUUAGCUACUUAUAUUUUGUCAGCUUAAGUUUUAUUCCGCACUAAUAUAGCACUGAUUUGCAUUUCAAUUUAUCUUAUUGCCUUGCAUCACCACCAAGGUGACUGGAUUAGAAUAAAUCACAUGAGGCUAAUGAUUGUAUGUUGUUUCCCUGAAGUCAUUCUGUACCCAACAUCAUGUUCGGUCAUCCCAUGGUGGAGUGCCUGAGGAACUGUGUGGGGCCAGACCCUUUUUGAUAUGCACGUGACGGUAUUGGGGCCAGAGCAGUGGGUGAAACCCAUGGCAGGAGCCAAUCAGUACACAUUCCACCCGGAGGCCACCACCAAUGCUGGAAACCUCAUCAAGGAGAUCAAAGAGAGCGGCAUGAAAGUGGGCCUGGCCAUAAAGCCUGGGACUACAGUAGAGGAGUUGGCACCGUGGGCUGGACAGAUCAACAUGGCUCUGGUCAUGACUGUAGAGCCUGGCUUUGGAGGCCAGAAGUUCAUGGAGGACAUGAUGCCCAAGGCCGAGAGUCAGUUUCCCUCUCUGGACAUUGUGGACGGAGGAGUGGGUCCUUCUGCCAUCCAUUAGUGUGUGGAGGCGGAUGCUGACAUGAUCAUGUCGGGCUGUGGUAAGCAGUGACGACCCUCGCUCUGUCAUCGCACCGCCGUCUCAGAAGCUAUCCAGAAACGCUCGCUGGACCGCUGACGAGAGAGAGAGGUACAGGACGGCUGAACAAGAUGUCAUAUUUGUAAGAUUUUUUUUUUUGGGGGGGGGGCAGGCUAGUAUUUUGUCACUGCCCUGUUUUAAAAUGCCUGUUACUAUCUCCCUUGUCACAUGAUACAGAGGAUUCCUCGCCAAUUCUUGCUCUGCUCGGUUGGUUUGAAAAGUAGUUCACUACUCAGACACUAGAGGGCAAGCUUGCUCAAACUAUUCAUCCCUAUAGGUUUGUAUGCUGUAUACCCGGGACUGUCAUUCUUUAAACAUUUUUUUUUAUAUAUCCCCGUUUUCUAUACUGUCUUGUUUAGACUAAUUACUUAUUGAUAAUAAGUCAUGAAUAUUAUUGAUAAUAUUGAAAUAAAAAUGACUGACUACCAUAUGUGGCAUAGGAGAGUAUUAGUGAUCUAGCAGUUAUUUCCACAUUUAAUAUGGGAUAUAAAGUUAGUACCUGCACAGGGAUUUAUUUAAUCAAAACUAAUAGUAACAUUACCGGAUAGAUAAAAACAACAGCAACCUCUCCUUGCACUAAUAGGAACCAUGUUUCUAUGUAACACCAUUUAACUCUUUGACAAG